GAUGAUCAUUACAGCAAUUCACCAUCAUGGCUGCUAAACUAUCUUCUCGUGUGUCCACGUCCGUGGCCUGCUCUUCCUGCCGUUUUCUCGCGGUGCCCAGCGCGAUUACCCAACGGAGCUUCUCAACAUCAACGAGACUGGCUUCGGAGGAGCCACCUACACGCAGCCCGGAGAGACAGCCUCCUCGAUGGUCGCACACGCCCCCCACGGCAAAGGCUCCGUUUAGCUUGCACAUUGGAUCGAAGCGGCCUGACUUCUACGUCAACUCGGACCCGAAAUUGCUCGACCAGUUCUAUGUCCGGAUGCUGGGCGAGGGCGGUCACAAGCUGCUGUCGGAGGAGACCAAAUGGCUUGCGGUCACACACAAGAGCUUCGAUCAGGGGCGAAGGGGGUUUAAUGACCGUUUAGCGUAUUUAGGGAAGCGCAUUGUCCAGUUGCAAACCUCGCUUGCUCUGGUUCAGGACGGAUCGACUGUUAUCACUCAGAAUGCAGCCGUGCCCGAUACCUUUAACCGGACGCCUUUCACACACCCGGCAUUAGACGGCUUGAAUAACCUGGACGCUGAUGCCAAGGCAUACCAGACCAGCAAAGAGAAGCUUGCAGCGCUUGGAAUGAAGUACGGACUGCAGAAGGUUAUGAGAUGGGCUCCGCGCAAGCCUUACCAGCUUCAAGCCUCUGGAAUCGACCUAGUCCUGGCGCACACCCUGUAUUCUAUUGUGGGUGCUAUAGCUCUCGAGCAGGGCGGUCAAAUGGCCAACAAAGUGGCACGGGAAAAGAUACUGGCACCGCUGGGCGUGAGAAUCGUUGCAUAGAACAACGAUACUGAACCUGAAUGUCUGUCUUGAAGGAAUCGGCCGUGGUGAGCAUUUUUCCAGGCGUUCUUGCUGUGUUUCCCACUGUUUUUUUCUUGAAUAUGUACUACCUACCCAUCUCUUUUUUGCGAGGACUCCUGGUUCGCCAUUUAUGUACAUGUACUUUUAUUCCUUCCGGCGAAGGUUCCUCAAGA